AUGGAGAGCGUCACAGCGACCGUCGUGGAAGAUUUCAACCAUGUGGAGAGAUGUAAAGACUCGUUAUAUAUGGGCACUCCACCACGGGGCAUUAUCACCACAUAUCUGAAAAAGAUCUGCCAACGUUAUGCAGAUAAACCACGAUUCGUCAGCCUAUACGAUACCCGAAAACGAAUUCCUGUUUACUCCGCUUACACGUUCAAGAAAACUGAGGGCGACAGCAGAGUCGACUUCCCCUGGAUGUACGAACCUCAGCUUACAGAGACAGAUGGGAAUGGAAACAUGCUCCCGUUUCCCACCGGCUACCUGCACAUGAAGUUUGAAGACAGUCAGGCAGUGUUGGAUGACUACUCAAAUGUAGUGCUGUAUGAGCGUGGCCACCUGAACCCAGACCAGCACCAGUCGGACCUGAAUGACCGGGCUGCCACCUACACACUCACUAACAUGGUCCCCCUGGUCCGUGAGUUUAACAUCGGGCCGUGGCAGAGGUACCAGGAGCUCAUUCGAGUGCGCCUUAACAACUACUGUCGUGGGACAGCAUUCAUUGUCACCGGAGUGACAACAGCUGGCAACAUGAUACGCCGGAACAAUCAGGACCGUGUGGCCAUUCCAGAGGAUUUGUGGUCUGCCUACUGCUGCACUGACUACGACCGCAAUGCUCCUCACUACGAACGAGUCCAAUUCCCCAGUCAUGCUGCCCUGGCUAAAAAUGUCAAAGGCGAUAGUUCAGUGCAUGAGCUCACCCUGCAGGACCUGGAGAACUUCCUGAGAGAGAGGAUGGAGGUGGAUCAGAACCUUCAGAUCUUCUAUGAUAACUGCAUUUCUCCGUCACCACUGCCAAGCUCUCUUAAUAGCAUAAUUUAA